UUGCCGAUUUAAAAAUCUAAUUGACAGUUAUGGUUAGGAUUUCUUAAGUUAAGAUAAGAUAGGAGGUCUGAGAUAAGAUAGGACACAGCCAUGAGUUUAGGAACUGCUUCUGUAAUAGGAAGAUAGGAUUUUUCCUAUCUUUGAAACUUAAGUUAAGAUAGGACAAGCAGUUAGGAUAUUUUUCUGUAAUGGGAACGUAUCCAGAACAGUGCCCUGCAAUUUGGUGAUGCAACUGCAACUUAGAUGUCAACUCUGGCCACCUUGCCCGAAAGUUGUGUGUCAGAACUUGAAGGCUGGAUGAUCUAUGACCACCGAGGGCGGUCUUUAGAGUAGUCUAGCCUCUUUUCCCAUGGACAGACUCUCAUUCAGUCAGUUUGUCCGGAGAUUGAGAAGGUCUGAAAGGUGUCCAACAUUUUCCAGCAAAUAGCAUAUUAAUAUUAAUACAACAAUGUUCGUUAAGUUUAUUUCUGCGGUUAUCACAAGGUCGCUUUUUAUUUUGGUGUCCCUCAUCGGAGUUUGGAGAGUGACAUCGGUAAAAAAUAAUAAUAAUUAUUGGCUUCUCACCAUCCUAUACUUACCGCUCGUGGCCGAAAUGAUAGUAACUUUGAAGGGAAGAAAAGGUAGCGACUACAAAUGGUUCUCCCCCGCUAUACUCCUCUUUCUUCUCAGCAUCAUUCCAAGCAUAUGGAUUUUAGAGUUGCAUCAUCAACAUAACAAAUCGGCUGAUGAUAAGUGUCGCCGGCUGGAUUCCUCAGAGAGCCUAAAGAGUAUUAUAAACAACUGGAGGAACUCAACUAAUGGGAGUGAAACCUUUACGGACUCGGUGAAGAUGCUUUCCUCGGUGUGUGCCAAUGACUGGAUCCUGGCGCUACACCAGAUCCUGCUCAUCCUUCUGAUCGUGGGCAAGUGGCUGCUGCCCAUCGGCGUGGGGGUGACUCGCGACCAGCUCUCCCAGCUGCUGCUGGUCUUCGUGGGCACCGCCGCCGACAUCCUGGAGUUCACCAGUGAGACGCUGUCCGACGUCAAGGAGUCUAGCCCAAAUCUGGUUUACAUCAUCCUAGCCGUGUGGACUUGGACCAUGUUGCAAUUCCCACUCCAUCUCUCAGUGUUGACCCCAGAUGAAGCAGACUCCGAGGGGCCGCAGGGCGACUCCUUCCUGUCCCGCCACCGCACGGACAUCUGGCAGAUAGUGGAGACGCUGUUCAUCCAGGACGGCCCGUUCCUGGUGGUGCGCCUCACAGUCAUGCUCCACUUUGGCGUCGUCCACCAGAUGCUCCUCUUCUUCGCCAUCAAGAACUUCCUAGUGGUCAUCCUCAACGUCUAUCGUCUCAUCGUUAUCUGCCAGGACUUCAAAUGGUCCAUGUGAGUCCGCGCCCCAUGCCUGCUUGCCGUGACACAUACAGGAAGUCGAGACACCUGAGGGGCGCGUACUCAGGAAACCAGAUUGAGCCUGUUCGAGUUGAGAUAAGGGACAGUCGCAGACAUUUCUUAGCGUCGUUGCCAGUAAACAUUGAGGUUCCAACGAAAAUGCAUGCAGUAUAAAUAUUUGUUUUCAGACACAUGCCAGAGGGCAAUUAGGGGGAAGAUCAUUAGCUGAAAGCCUCACUAGGGAGCUUCAGAGUGUUCACGCAAGUGCAUCCAUGAAGACCAUUUACUUGAAAGGACUGUCAUUGAUUGAGUAUAAUGCACCAUCAGAAGUGGUGACAAGGCAGUCGGGCUAACCUGCUCAACACCUUGGUUUAUGCACACCUGGGUGCUAAAUCCUCCUGAGCGUCAAAGAUAAACUUUAGAAAUAAAAACUGAGUGCUAUCCUUUAUUUCUAGAGUUCAACUGGAAGCCUGACGAAUUUGAAAUGUGUUUGGAAGUGAAAUAAUUGGCUCUAUUGUUGUUAUAAUUGUGUUGUAAUUGUGAAGUAAUAACAGAAUUCCUACCUCACAUUGAUAUAGUGUUAAUUUCGUCAGACGAGACGAGAGGAAAAAUGUUAGUCAACAACCUUUUUUUCCAUGACUAAGACG